AUGGAAGAACAAGGAAUUCAAACAGAUGAAGAUAUAGUCGACAAUGUCAUAGCCAACCAACAAGUUGAGCUAGAUAAUGAUACUGAUAUUGAAGAGCUUGAUGAUGAGUUUGAAACUGUGCCGUCAAUAUCCGAAGCUCGUGCUGCAUUGAGGACACUAGAAAGAUUUUAUUACACAAAAUAUGAAGGUACAGAUGCUGAAAGAAAAGCGUUGUCUUUUUUAGAAACAUCGAUCAACUCUAACACGAAGCAAAGUUCGAUCAAAGAUUAUUUUAAGAAAUUAAAUAAAAAUUAA